UCAUCCACCUCCGCAACCACCAACAACCUUGCUGCCGACCUCAAGCCCAAGGGCGAAGCCGCUGCGAAGGCAAAGCCAUGCUGUGUCUGCAAGGAUGAAAAGGCCGCUCGCGACGAAUGCAUGCUCUUCUCUACCGCCGCCGAUCCCCAAGCCGAUUGCCAGAGCAUGAUUCAAAAGUACAGAACAUGCAUGCAGGGCUACGGCUUCAGCCUCCCA